GUGUACAACAAAAUUGAUCAAGUCUCAUUGCAAGAGGUGAAUCGGCUCGCUCGUGAACCACACUCCGUUGUUGUCAGUUGCAAUAUGAAGCUCAAUUUGGACUAUCUAUUGGAAAAACUUUGGGAACAUUUAGAUCUGAUUCAAGUGUUCACCAAAAAACGCGGUCAACGACCCGAUUUGGAGGAGGGUUUAAUUCUGAGAAACGGUUCUACGAUUGAACAUGUGUGCCACAUGAUUCAUCGGACACUGGUAUCCGAAUUCAAAUGCGCCUUGGUUUGGCUCGAGUUUUGCAAACCAAGUUUGCUUGUUGCAUCAGAACCAGAGCAUUCCAGACCACAGUGCUAUCUCGACAUCCAGACAAUGACUACUGAGAUGGACCCGAAUCGCAUGCUAACCUUGAUCUGCAUCACCCAAGGAACAUCUUACCCUUAA